AUGGCCCGUUCGGUCAGAGAUAUUCGCAGCCGCCUGGGAGCGCCUGAAAGCCGUCACUCCACAUUCGAACACGAGCGCCAGCACCUGUUUGCGGACACACGCAUCAAUGCGGCUUUUGCUGCGCCCCUGCUGGCAUUGAUCGUGGCUGCCAUAUCUUCCCUGUGGGUGAGCCCGCAGUUCAUGGGAGCCUGGUUCCUCAUUACUAUCUGCACCCACUUUCUGAUGGUGGUUAUCAGUCACUCUUACGAAAAGGCGCCAUCUGACCAGAAAGUCCGGAUUGUCUGGAGCCGUCGAUUUAUCAUUGGUGACCUGAUCUACGGAUGCAGCUGGGCCCUUUUCUUCCUGAUGCCGGUUGCAAGCGGCGCAGGUGAAGGUCUGGUCAUCUUCCAUUUCGCGGCUUUGUUGAUCGUGAUUGCCAUGAACACGAUGCAAUCCGCCAACUUGCCGAAGUGCCUUCUGGCAAGCACGCUGCCGAUCACCUUUUUUGUCACUUUCAGCUUUUUGCAGCAAUCCAGUGCGGUUCACUACACGUUGGCAGCGAUGGCUAUUGGUGCACAGGGGUUUUUCCUGAUCCUCGGCAAUCAGCUUCUCAAGAACGCAAACACGAUGCUGGAGUAUCGGGCUGACAAGGAUCACCUGAUUGCCGAACUCGAAACCGCGAAUUCAAUGUCCGACGAGGCGCGCAGGCGUGCAGAAGCCGCAAACCUUGCCAAAUCCCGCUUCCUUGCAACGAUGAGCCACGAACUGCGCACUCCGCUCAACGCCAUUCUCGGGUUUUCGGAGAUCAUGAAGGACGAGGUCCUGGGUUCAAUGGCAAACAAGACCUACCGCGCCUAUGCGGAAGACAUCCACGGCUCGGGUGAACAUCUGCUCAAUCUCAUCAACGAAAUUCUCGACCUGUCCAGGAUCGAGGCGGGACGCCACGAGCUGCAUGAAGAACCAAUUUUGCUUGAGGACGUGGUUGCCGAGUGCGGCACCAUGAUGAAGGUUCGCGCCAAAGCAAAGUCGAUCGUGCUGCAUCACGCGCAUCAGUCGGAUCUUCCGCGUGUGUGGGCCGAUGAACGCGCUCUGCGGCAGGUCGUGCUCAACCUCAUGUCCAACGCGGUCAAGUUCACACCAAUCGGCGGUGAAGUUCGCGUCAACCUGGGUCCUACAAGCGACGGCGGGCAGUAUGUGUCUGUCCGGGACAACGGUCCCGGAAUUCCGGAGGAGGAAAUUCCCACCGUUCUGGAAGCUUUCGGCCAGGGCUCACAUGCGAUCAAGAGCGCGGAACCUGGAACGGGCCUCGGGCUUUCCAUCGUGCAGGCCCUUAUCAGCAUGCAUGACGGCACGUUCAAGAUUAAGUCGCAGCUGGGCGAAGGACUUUGCAGAGACACCUGCGUCUGCAAAUGUCGCCAUUCCGGAAUGCAUUUCCGCGGAAGCCUUGACUAUUCCUGCCGCAAGCGCCGCACCCGAUCCUUCUCCCAGUCGCAUGCCGAAAUCGAACAGCGCAUCCUUUUCCAUAUGCUCGAGCACCCUGGCAUGUGCGUGUUCCGCGGAGACAUGCGCAAACACGCAAUGAUCCAGUCCGGCAGGGUCCAUCGCGUACACAACCGCGGCGGCCGCCGUUGUGACGAAGCCGUCGAUGAUCACCGGUACACGUUGCAAACGCGCAGCGAUGAUAAGACCGGCCAUGGCGGCAAUCUCCCGGCCACCAACCCUGCGAAGGAUUUCAAGCGGAUCUUUUUCGCCAUUGAGCCGAGCGACGGCCGUUUCUACUGCCGCCCGUUUUCUGGCAAGGCCUUCAUCAUCGACCCCGGUUCCGCGCCCGAUCCAGUCCGAAGCUUCACCACCGAAAAGCCCAUGAAAAACGGCUGCUGCAACAGUGGUGUUGCCGAUGCCCAUUUCUCCGAGACAAAUGAGGUCAAUGCCUCCGGCAAGUGCCUCCAUGCCAUAAGCCAUGGUCGCCGCGCAAUUGGCUUCGUCCAUUGCAUCUUCGCGCGUGAUGCUGGGCGUCGGCAUGUCUACCGCCAGAUCAAAAACCUUCAGGCCGAUGUCAUUCACGCGGCAAAGCUGAUUGAUGGCGGCACCGCCGGCAGCAAAAUUCUCGACCAUCUGCUUGUUGACGGCGCUCGGGAAAGCCGAAACCCCUUCGUCGGCAACUCCAUGCGCAGAGGCAAAGAUUGCGACCAUGGGCCGGGUGACCUUGGGAGGCGCCUUGCCAGACCAGGCUGCCAGCCAUUCGGCAAGCUCUUCCAGGCGACCAAGCGAACCGGCAGGUUUUGUCAAUUGGCUGUCCCGCUCCCGGACUUUGUGCAGCGCUUCUUCGUCCGGUCCCGGCAUCGAUUUCACCAGGUCAAUUCUGCCGACGACCCUUCAUCGCCACCCGACUUUUCCCGGAUCGCGCGGGCCGCGCCCCUGGCCGGUGUUGCCGUUGCACUCCCGGCCGCCGGUCUGGGCAUGUUUCUCGCCUAUACGCAUCUACCGGGGCUCGUGGUAGCUACCAUCGCGAUAGCUCUGCUCUGCGCAACCACCGGUGCCCUGCAUGAAGAUGGAAUGAGCGAUGUCGCGGACGGGUUUUUCGGCGGCACAACGCGGGAACGGCGUCUGGACAUCAUGAAGGACAGCAGGAUCGGAGCAUUCGGUGCCCUUGCCCUUGUGCUGACCGUUGUCCUGCGCAUUUUUCUCCUCGCUUCAUUAUGGCAAAAGUUCAGCCCCGCAGACGCUGCGCUGCUCUUUCUAGCUUCGGAAGCCAUCAGCCGGACCAUGCUUGUCUGGCAGUGGUACGAAAGACCUCUUGCCCGCCUGGACGGCCUGGCGGCCAGAUAUGGCAAACCCGGCGGCGAAUCUGCGUUGCAGGCCGUGUUUUUAACUAUUCCACUGCUCAUUCCCGCGGCAUUGAUCCUGACUGUGCCAGCUCUUCUGGUCGGCGUUCUGGUUGCUGCAGCGGCGGCUUUUGGCACCGGACGCCUGUCGGUGCAGAAAAUCGGCGGCGUCACAGGGGCCAAGACCCACGAGAUCCUUGUUGUCACGACGCGAGAACGCGACAGUCGCCCCGACACAUAUUUCAACGGUGAACGAGGCGAGCAGGUCAACUACGCGCAGGCAACAAUCUCCGUGCCGCCGAGCCACGAGCUAAGCCAGGUCGAAUGGCCUGACAGCUUGCCCGGCAACCCGGAUACGGAUUUUGUGGCGCGCAAUGCCGGAUACAUUGCCGACAAGGACGCCUUCACUCGGGAAAUCAACAGCAGGCUAUCGAGAUUGCCGAAGGGCAAGCGAGAGGUCUUCCUGUUCAUUCACGGCUAUAACACAUUGUUUCCGGAGGCGCUUUACCGGUUUGUUCAGGUCGUGCAUGACGGAAACAUCGAAGCCGUGCCGGUUCUGUUCACCUGGGCGUCUCGCGGCAAGUUGCAGGACUAUGUCUAUGAUCUGAACAGCGCCGCCAUCGCCCGACAGGCCCUGGCGCAGACGAUGCUACAGCUUGCAAACUCCAAGGCAGAAAAAAUCACCAUCCUGGCGCAUUCCAUGGGCAACUGGCUGCUGAUGGAAACCGCAAUACAGUCGUCUCCGGCGCAAAGAAAAGCUCUUGAGGGCAAAGUCGAUGUCGUCAUACUCGCAGCGCCCGAUAUCGACAUCGAUCUCUUCAAGGCCCAACUGAAGAAACUCGGCACCCCGGCCAAUCCGUAUGUUGUCGUAGUGUCCCGGGACGACAAGGCGCUCCGCAUCUCCCGGGCGAUAGCCGGUGGCAAAGAGCGUGUCGGCGCCUAUUCCAAUGAUGAGGAACUUGCCGAACUUGGCGCAAUCGUGAUCGAUGUGACACAACUCGAUUCGCUGGAUUCAGCAAAUCACUCGAAAUUUGCACAGCUGGCACAACUCAGUCCGGAAUUCCGCAAAACCCUCGGACAAUCGGGGCUUCGUUCUGCCACCGACGCCGGACGCGGGGCGACGCUCGGUGAUAACCUGGGAACGUUCGUCGGCAACACGGUUGCUUUGCCGGUGAACAUCAUAACCGCGCCCUUUACCUAUGGGGGUGGCGGCUGA